UUCCACUAGUUGAUAGUGCCACUCUUGAGCAUAAUGAAGACCUUGUUGCUGUUAUCCAUCGCUAUAGCAGUUUGUGCUGCAAGCGUCCUCAAAGACCCGGUACAGGGUUACAAGGAAGGUAGCAGGUACUUCUAUUUUCCGGGAGAUGGCGAUAACACCAUUCACCUUGUCGAUGCUGAAGAGCCCGCAGACUUUGCAUUUAUUGAAAAAUUUACUAGAAAUCCAGGCAAUAACGGAUACUGGCUCUUUACUAGAGCCAAUCCUACGGUAGCUCAAGUCAUUGGGUUUGGUGAUAUUGAUUCUGUAUUAAAUUCAAAUAUGGAUUUUUCAAAAGAGUCCGUAUUUCUGGCGCAUGGAUGGAAUGGUAAUGGUGGAAACGAUAUGAAUAAAGUCUUGACUGAAGCAUUCCUCGAGAAUGGGGAUGUAAAUGUCGUAGUUCUCGACUGGAGUACAUUAGCCAACAGAGGUUACACUACAGCAAAAAGUGGAACUGCUGCAGUUGGUCAAGGACUCGGUCAAUUCGUAAACUGGCUCGUUUCAUUGGGAAUGUCAUACGAAAAAGUACAUUUAGUCGGUUUCAGCCUGGGUGGUCAUCUUGUAGGAAAUGCUGGUAGAGAAACGGAAGGAAAAGUCAAGAGAAUUACAGCUCUGGACCCCGCUGGACCACUAUGGGGCAGUGACAAUAACCGUGUAGUAGCUACAGACGCUCAAUACGUUGAAGUAAUUCAUACUAACACCGGUCUAUUGGGAUUUACUGACCCGUGUGGAGACGCAGAUUUUUAUCCUAACGGAGGAUCUGGAAUGCCAGGCUGUUGGUUAAACUCAUGUUCUCAUGGUCGUGCCUUCGAAUAUAUGGCUAGUUCUGUGAAGUAUAAUCACCUUCUCGCUAAUGAAUGCGACAGCCUACGUGAUGCUACACGCAACAGAUGUUCAGGAGACCUUAAUCCUAUGGGUAACGCGGAUCUGUCAAAGUCAAAAGCGGGUAUAUUCAGAGUGAACACAGAGAGAAAAUAUCCGUACUGAAUUGUUCUGUUAAAACUGUC